UUUCUUCUUCAUCCAGCAAUUUUGUAGAAGCGUAUUGGUUUAUAAUUCCAAUUAUGGCAGAAGUUAAUCCAGCCUUCAUUCAAUCCAUAGAACAUAGGCCUAAAAAUCCUACCAUAAUUGAAGCUGAAGAAAUCCCAGUUAUUGAUAUUUCUUCAAUCACAUCUCUUGAUCACUUGUCCAACAACAAUAUUAUUGAUGAUAUAAUAACCAACAUUGGCAAUGCCAGUGAGAAAUGGGGAUUCUUCCAAGUGAUUAACCAUGGAAUUCGACACGAAAAACUCGAAAAUAUGAAGCUUGCAGCCCGAAAAUUCUUCUCUUUAGCUGUUGAAGAGAAGAAGAAUGUAGCAAAAGAUGAAGAUAAUCCAAUGGGUUACCAUGAUACUGAGCUAACCAAGAAUGUAAGAGAUUGGAAGCAAGUUUUUGAUUAUACUACCAAAGAUGGUUGUACUCCUAUCCCUGUUUCACCUGAUGAUCUUCAAGCUGUCAAACCUGUGACAAACCGUUGGCCACAACAUCCUCCUGAGUUUAGAGAGGUUGCUGAAGAAUAUGCAAAAGAGGUGGAGAAACUGGCUUCUAUUAUGUUGGAGUUGAUAGCACGGAGCUUAGGAUUGGCAGGAAACAGGUUUAGUGAGUUGUUCAAAGAUCAGACAACAAGCUUCAUUCGACUGAAUUACUACCCUCCAUGCCCUUCUCCUCAUCUUGCUCUCGGCGUCGGCCGCCACAAGGAUGCUGGUGGCUUAACCAUACUAGCGCAAGAUGAUGAUGUUGAAGGGCUUGAAGUCAGAAGAAAAACUGAUGGGGAAUGGAUCAGGGUGAAGCCAAUUCAUGGUGCUUUGAUUAUCAAUGUUGGUGAUCUUAUUCAGGUUUGGAGUAAUGACAAAUAUGAAAGUGUGGAGCAUAGAGUGAUAGUGAAUUCUGAAAAGGAUAGGCUAUCCAUCGUAUUCUUCUACAAUCCAGCACAUUAUGUCACGGUGAAACCCUUGGAAGAGUUGAUUAAUGACCAAAAUGUGGCUAAAUACAAAGAAUUCAACUGGGGAGCUUUUCUUAUGACAAGGAAGAACACUAAUUUCAAGAAGCUUAAUGUUGAGAACCUUCAAAUCUCACAUUACAAAAUUUAGCCUAUAAUCAUACUAUUUUUUUUAUGAUAUAAUUUGUUUUUCAUCUUUGUUCGAGUAGGUUUUGCUUGUGAUCAAGUUUUCUUAUUGUGAUGAGUGAUGAGUUUGCUACUUGUUUACGUCUCUACUUCCAUGAUUAAAAUUAUAUUGUUGUAAGUUGUACC